AUGGCGAACCAAGAGCUUGUAAAUGAUAUGAGACUGGAGGCUAAAAUUGAUGGCGAUCUCACCUAUCACUACACCUCGGAACCUGACUUCACUGGAAGAGCUGGUAGACAAAACAGGCAGAUAUGGAGAAGAGAUGAACUUCUUGGCCGAGGAGGUUUUGGCGAGGUUUGGCUUGAACGAAGUGUGCCAAGUCAAGGCCAAAACGAAUUACGAGCCGUCAAAAUUAUCCCCAGGCCAAGGGAAGACGAUUCUGAAGGUCUCCAUCUUUUGGAACAGGAGCUUCAAGCGAUCGCCAAGUUCUCACAACCAAAGUACAAAGAACUGUUCGUGGAGUCAAGGGGCUGGUUUGAGACAACCCAUUAUAUCUUCAUAGCAAUGGAAGCUAUUGAAUUGAGAGACCUGGGUAAGCAUUUGAAGGAACCUUUGUUGGAAGAUGAAGCACGGUGUAUAUCUUCGCAGCUUCUUCGGGGCCUUGUGAAUCUUCACAAAAAUAACUUUGUUCACCGAGAUCUCAACCCCAAUAAUAUCUUUGUCAAGUCUAUUGGCCCUGAUUGGUGGGUCAAAAUUGGUGAUUUCGGUCUCAGCAACCGAUAUCAUCGGGAUCUUGCCCUGAAAACGUUAUGUGGAACCCAGGAUUUCCGGGCGCCAGAAUUGGUGUUCAAAAAACCGUACACAAAUGCUGUGGAUGUGUGGUCGCUUGGCGUGACCAUAUAUUUCAUACUCUCCCUAGAGCUCCCGUUCAGAGAAUCGGGUUCCCGGUCCUUGAGUGUAUACACAUACGGGACUUCUGAAUUCCCAUAUGGGCCCCUGUCAUCACGUUCGAUCAGCCAGGAUGGCCAAAGGUUCAUUGAGUCACUGUUGAGAGUGGAUCCAACAACGCGGCCGCCUGCUAAGCAUGCCCUUACCGACGCGUGGUUGCGACGUUCAGUCUUCGAUUCGGGAUCCAAAGUCAAAGAGCUUACAAAGCUAGCUUCACGGCUUGAGUUGAACGAAGCCGGCCAAGUUUCUGUGCCAAAGGCCAAACAUGCAUCAUCUUCAAAACAAGAUGGAUUCUUAGCCUCCCUCACGUGGAGUCAGCUCGACGGGUCUUUACCGACCUCAUAUAUCCAACCAACCAGGUCAGGAAGACCGUCAGACGGCAAUCGCUCAAAGUUGCAGAGCUCGAGAACUCAUGGCAAAGAGAGGGAAGCCCCUGCCGAGGCUCAAUACGCGGCAUUCGUUCCCAAUGCCGACGAGGAUUUGAGUCGAUUGCAAGAAAGCCAUCAGGGAAAGGUGUACUUGAGCAAUAAUCGCUCAAGGAUGUUCCAUGACCACUCACAGAAGCAUUCUUUUGAUCAAGGAAAAGGCGGGAAAGCGGAAGAUAUACGCCGACAAGUGUCUGGUGGCCGCAGAGAUAUUCUCAGUCCAAACACCAACAGCCAUCCCCGAGCCCAGUCAGGACGAUCGUUACCCAAGCAUUGGCAGCCCGCUAUGUCUGAAGGCCCCGAUGAAGAGGGAAGCAUUUCGGACGAAGUUCAAAUCUUGGAUCAUGCAUCAACGUUUAGUCGAUACAACGAGAGUGAGGAGAAUCCCGGCCCAAAGUAUGGAGAUCCAUUCACGUCCCAUCAUUGCCAAGGACAUAAGUUUUGGGAUGAAAAGAAGUACACCGAAGCGGAGAAAGAAUAUCAAAAAGCCUACAAUGGUCGCAGAGACACUCUCGGUGCAAAUCAUCACGACACACUCAGAAGUCUUUCUUUCUUGGGUGACUGUCUCUUCAAGCAACACAAGGAUGUUCAAGCAGAGAAAGCAUAUCAAGACCUCCUGAAGGCACAAAAAAAAACGUUGGGCCCAAAGCAUAAAGAGACACUUAGGUCUUUUCAGUCCCUCGGCGAAACUCUCUAUCGCCGGUCCAAGUACCGCGAAGCAGAAAAGGCAUUUCGAAGUGCCUACGAGGGCUACAGAGACACAUUUGGUGGAAAUUAUCGAAAAACGCUCAGGUCUCUCCGUUGCUUAGGCGAUGCUCACUUCCACCAACACAAUGAUCACAAGGCGGAGAAAGCACAUCGACGGGUUUAUGAAGGCUACCGAGAAACUCUUGGUAGAGAUAACCAUAACACACAGCUGGCUCUACGCAUAUUACGUGAAAAUUAUCCUUACUCUCAACGAUGA